AUUCCGAACGCUGGAGGAGCACUAGACAGUUGCAACGUGGUUGAAACUUGUAUCGUUUUGUGUCGUGCGGUUGACUCGUGUUUAAAAUUGCAGCGUUAUUUUGAAAGAAUGUGCUUCGAGGGAAAAUGCUUGGGUUGUAUCAAGGUGGAGACGGGCUCCAUGAUCUUCGCGGUCUUUAACGCCGUGGUGUGGGCUAUCACUGUUGUUGGAUCAUUGAUUGGGAUAAUCGUAAUCUAUUUUAUGAAUAAUUCCUACAAUUACCAAGCUAAAGUAGGUGAUAUCAAUUUUCGCGCCAAUAGUAUAGACAAUUUUGAUAUUGGAGUGGGAGAUUAUCAUAUGAGUUCAAGAGAUAAUAUGUCAACUCGGAACGCUUAUUACAUUGUGUACGUGGUUUGCGGUAGUCUGAUUGGUGUGGGUCUAUUCCACUUCUUGUUUGCCGUCUUACUUUGUAAUGGCAUCAAUAAGAGAAACAAUUCGCAGAUCAAGGCAUAUUUCAUAUACGGCAUAGUGAUGGCUAUAAUAAAUUCCAUUGCUGUUUUGGUACUUGGUUCGAUGGAAAGCGGUUUUUUUUUGUUUGUUGCUCCCAUUGUUGUCUACGGUUUUAUACUGCAUAUGAUAAAAUUGACUAUGGACAAGUUUUCGACCGGACAAGUACUCGGUUUCCAACACAAGCGUCUCGUGGAACAGUUCGGACCCACCCCUUAGAAACUAACACAUUCCGAUUUUUUUUCGUUUUAUUGUUAAGAUUCAAAAUUGUCUCCGGAAAAUUGGAAGCAUUGUAGUUUAUAAUCAUACUAGAAUUAUUAUAAUAUAAUCUAAGCAAACAUAAGCCUACUUAAGUUCUUUAUUAUGGUAAUUUUAUAUAUUGCCUAUAUUCCACAUUUAUAACUUAUUUAGUAUAUUUUUUUAUCUGUUCCCAUCUUUUCUCCCCUUUCCUUACCGGGUCGAUAUCCCUUAUAUGCUUUAAUCGAGACGUCGUCGACAUAGUGGGGCUGCGUCUUGACGCAACUGGGACGAGGCUUGCCUCUCCGUUCGUAUGAACAAAUUGAAUCCCCAAAUUCACUUUACGACCACAAACACCGAACUUUGAACAAACACUCUAUAAAACUCUUACUAGCCAAUGUACAAAAAAAGACUUUUUAGGUAUGAUCUAACUAGACAGAUUAUAAACUGUCAGUGUUUAUUAUUUUGUCGUGACAUAACUAUUAUUAAGAAAGACAUAAUUUCAACACCGAGCAUAAGUAUAUAAGUAAUUAAUCAUGUAAGAUUUAAUUUUGAUUUAUGUAUUGUUUUAAUAGUUAUUUAGUACCUAUUUUUAAACAUUCUUGUUGCUAUAAUCAUAUUUUUUAAUAAGUCAAUUUGAUAAAGAAUUUGAUACACGUAAUAUAGAAACUGCGAGUAAUUUUAAGAAACCUUGGAUGCAAUUAUUUCUCUUAAACAUUUAAUUGUAAACUUAUCAUCCAUUGUAAUCGGUGUCCGAUCACUGUUUGCUUUGCCUUAUUUUUGUACGUUAAUUAAGUAGAUUUCAUAUUUUACUUGGCAUCCCUCGGCGAGUAAAGGUUUCCUCAGUUUUACUCCAGAUUUCUCUAUCUUAAGCCUUGGUUAUUCUGUCUUUACCCGGCUGAGGAUUACGAUAAAUCUUAUUUAAGUUCACAUUCCGAGGCUUAAGUUCAUUUUUUGAUUCGUUUCAUUGGUCUGGUAUUGGUUUAUGAUUAAUUAAAUGAGUCAACAGAAAUCGCACUCACUUCGCGUGCGAUUCCUAUCUACCAAUUGAAAUUCACCUUUAGAUGCACUUACUCAAAAGGUUAUAUUUAUAAAGACAUCGAAACUUCUUUUACUUAUUCAAAGCAACAUAUGGUUAUAUUAUGACGUUUUAUCGUAACUGAUUGAAAUUCAUACAAUUGUCAUUAAAUUUUAAUUGAGUGCCCUAAUAUUUUUAAUUUAAAUUAAUUCGCUUCACAAUUUCUCAUAUAAACUUUGGCUAGUUACACGGUACCUACGAGAAAUGAAAAAGGUUUCGAAACAACUUGAAGUUCACAAUUUCACAUCAUGGGAGUUACAUCGCAGACUCCUUGGUCAGCUUUGCUAUUCUGUAAGAAAAUUAGCGUCGAACUCAAUGUCGAGUCGCUGUUACCUCAUAGAGGUUCAAUGAAGUAUAACCUGUAUUAUUUUUGAAUGGAGCAAAACGUUUUCACAAUGGUUUCCAAGGG